AUGGCGGCAAUCGGGUCUUUGGUCUUCUGCACCGAUUGUGGAACUCUGCUGGAUGCGAAUACUGGUCGCAAGGAGCACAUUGAAUGUGAUGUCUGCGGGACUUUGAAUAAGGAUACUUCAAUCAAGAAGGUUGUGACAACCUCCAAACCAUCGGCAUUCCCAUCAACUCUCCGGACCAGGUUGCGUUCAGAUGUUCAAGAAAUUUCUGAAGGCGAUAUGCAAACCGAUGCGGUGAUCAAGCAACCUUGCGAGAAGUGCGGCAAUGAGGAGGUGCGAUUCUAUACACAGCAGUUGCGAUCGGCCGACGAAGGUAGCACGGUCUUCUACACUUGCCCAAGGUGUAACCACAAAUGGAACACGAACAACUGA